AUUCCCAUUGAUCAUCAAAUGUAUGAUAUGAUUGAUGUUAAAGGAUCUGAAGGGUUGCUUUUUAAGGAGGCAUGCAAGAGGCUCGGAAUCAGUAACAAAGAGAAUCAGUCUCUGGUUAGUAUGAUGGCAUAUAGGUUUGGAAUGCAUUUGCAGGCUGAGAUUCAUAGUAAAACAAAGGCAUAUCGAAUUUGGACGGCCAGGAAUUUCAACAGUAAAUCAUCUAAUGCAUUUCCAAGAAAAUCAAAAACAGUCACUUCUGAAAAUAAAGUAGAUAAUCUAGAUAUUCCUAAGAGUCUUUCGACGUCUGGAAGUGAUAUUGCUACCCCAGCAAAAAUGAAUGACAGUGAAAUUACUACAGAACCUUCUUGUGGUUCCAACCCGCAACAGAUACUCCAUGAACCAAGAGAGACAGUUCCUGAUGCUAAACAUGAUUCAGUUGGUAUGGAAAUGGAAACAAAUGCUCCAUCAGAGACAGCACCUACUGAUUCCUUGAAGCCAUUUAAAUCCAGAUCAUAUCAGAGAUAUCCAUGUUUAUCUUUGACUGUUGAUGGUGCACAGAGGGAGCAGAGGAUACUCGAACGGUUACAGAAUGAGAAGUUCAUUUUAAAAGCUGAGCUGCAUAGAUGGCUCAUGAGUCUUGAGAAGGACAAGUGCACAACAAUCGACAGGAAGACCCUUCGUCGAAUGUUAGACAAGCUUCAGCAGCAAGGACACUGCAAAUGCAUAACCAUAAAUGUCCCUCUGGUCACAAACUCUGACAGUACUCGUACUGCUCACGUGGUUUUGCACCCAGCUGUUACUUUGUCUCCCGAACUACAUGAAGAAAUUUAUGAUAAGCUGAGAUUUUUUAAGAGGCAAAGCCAUAGCAAGGCCUAUUCUAGGUGGAAGAGCAAAUCAGUUCCUGAACUGAAUGGUGUCCAGAGAAAUCAACAAUUUAUUAGAUUUCAGGAGGGUUUAAAAGGUAAUAGGGAUGAAUGUGCUUCAACUUUUCAGAAAAAGAAGAAAUCUUCAGAAGGAGGGUUAGUAAAAGGUACAACAGUUGAUGAUGAAACUGGACAGCUGGGCUCACAGAGGCUACCUGACACUGUUAAUAAAUUUGCAGAAGAUCAACAUGUUUCUGUUGCUUCUGAUGGAGUGCAUAAGCAUUUGCAAUCACAUAAGGAGGAUUAUUAUCCAGAAAAUGUGGAAGAGCACACUCCAAAUGAAGAUGAUGAGAAAUAUAACUCCUUUACUAACCAUUGUGCUUUUUCAGAGAAGCUACAAUUUCGAAGAAGAUUUCAUUGGACAGAAGAAGCAGACAGGAAAUUAAUAAUCCAAUAUGUGAAACAGCGUGUAGUGCUUGGGCCAAAAAUUCAACAUGCAUGUUGGGCUUCACUUCCUGACCUGCCAGCACCUCCAGGUAGUUGCCUCAAAAGAAUGGCAUCACUGAACAAAAACGAAGCAUUUCAAAAAGCUCUAAUGAGACUCUGUAACAUAGUCGGUGGAUGGUAUGUGAAGCACCUGGAAAAAAUCCAAAACAGGUCAUUAGAAGAUACUGAUCGCCAACCACUUCUGCGAAGUUCAUCAGGGGAAGGUCUCAAGGGAAAUUGCUUCAGUGUCUUUGCACUUACUCAAGAAACAGUUUUUGAGGUAAGACGACAGGAUGAUUUCACCGAGGAACGUAUUAAGAGAGCCUUUGAUGAGGUUCUUUGGUGCAUGCACAUGGCUACUUUGGAGGCCCGAAAAAAAGCAGGAUCUGUCUUCGAGGGGCCAGAUAGAAAUAUGGAUUCUAAAGGAUAUGCUGGUGGUAAGGCUAGUCAGCAUUCUAAAAAUCAAAUUCCAGAGGGUACUGGAGAUAGGGCUACUAAAUUCUCUAAUUGGCUCCAUGAAAGAGGGAAAUAUCUUAUGGGAGGGAUUGGUCUUACUGCAGAUUUACAGUGUGGAGACAUUUUCCAUUUAUUUGCUCUAGUUUCUUCAGGUGAACUCUCCAUUUAUCCAUUCUUGCCAGAAAAUGGCGUUGGUGAAGCUGAUGACUUGAGAAGCAAGAAACAGAGAAUUGAUGACAAUGAAUUCGUUGAUGGCAAUAAAUUUAACAAAAAUCAAUCCUUAGAAGAAGUUGAAGAAGGUGAAGGUGGAGUGUCCAUUUCUCCAUGCUUGCCUAAUGAAUGCUGUGUAACUGUUGAGAACAAAUCCGUUGAUGGAGAAGGAGGUGAACUGUCCUGUCCAUGCUCGCCAGAUGAAGUUGAUGUAGAGGGCAAAGACCUGAGAAAAAUGAAGCGUAAAAUUGAUAACAAUGAAUGUUUUCAUGUUAGUGAGGAUAAGAAACUGAAAUCCAUGAAAGGAGGUUACUAUGAAUUUCGCAGAGAAAAAGGUUUUCCGAGUAUCAUGUUAUAUGUACAUAGUGCACCAAUUACAAGAACCAAUGCUGUUGGAGUAGGAUCGUUCAAUAAUGGGGAGAUCUGUAAUGAUGAACUUCUUGCUGAUGGGAGUGAUAAUUGUUUGACUUCAAUGGCUGGUCUUGAUCAAGAUCCUGAACCACCUUCAUUGACAAAGUCCCCAGGGAGGAAUGAUGAUGCUAAUUUGAUCCUCCAGCCAAAAGAUCAUGCUAAUUUUGGUGCUGAUUCACAGCCAAAUCCAUUGAUAUUGCCAUGGAAAAAUGGAGAUGAGUUCAUCAACAGUAUCAUCUACAAGGGACUUAUAAGCACUGUUCUCCGUACUGUGAUGCAAAAUCCUGGGAUAUUAGAGGAUGAUAUCAUACACCAGAUGGAUGGAUUAACCCCCCAGAGCUGUAGAAAGGUGUUAGAGUUAAUGACUCUUGAUAAGCACCUGAUUGUCAAGAAAAUGUUUCAAACUUCAUCCACUGCACCCCCUGCCAUUCUGGGAACACUCCUCGGGAAUCACUUCAGAAAAUCAAAGUUGAUUUGCAGUAAGCAUUUCUUUGCCAAUCCCCUGAGCACAACCUUGCUGUAGGGCCUUUUCAGCUUUGUUCAUGGAAUCCUAGUUAUCGGCCAGCCUCAGUCAUGGGGGUUUUUGAUGUUACACUUGAGGACUGAUGUAAAGAAAAUAUUCGACUUUCUCUAGAAUGUAUAUGGUACCAAACCUUUGGAACUUAAUGUGUAUUUUCUCUAGGUUAGGAAUUUUCUUUUCUAAUAUUUGUACCCAACUUAUGAAACUUUUGUAUUUCAAAUAUUGGUCAAUGGUCAAUGAUGAAUUAA